AUGAGUGGAAAUGAGGACGACUGGCUGGCUCUCAAACCCCAAGAACCUUCUCCAUCCCAGUGCUGCGGCAGCGGCUGCAAACCCUGCAUCUAUGAUGUGUAUGAGAAGGAGCUUGCACAAUGGGAAAGGGCCAAAGCAAAGCAAGACAAAAGCCUCCUCAUGGAAAAGAAGGAGCAGAGCAAUAAUUCAGAACUGAAUCCAGAUACAUUUACUGCAUUCAGCAUAAGCUCAGUGGAGCAGCUAACAGAGGACACCUACCAGUACAAAUUUGAAUUACCAGGAAAUAGCAGUCUGCGAUUGAGUUUAGGACAACAUAUCGUGUUAAGAGGAGUGGUGAAUGGUUUGGAGGUCCAGCGAGCCUAUACUCCGAUUAGCCCAGGGAAUGCAGAAGGGUACUUUGAAGUUUUAAUGAAAUGCUAUGAAGCUGGGCUGAUGUCACAAUACAUAAAGACGUGGAAAAAAGGAGACGUGGUCUAUUGGCGUGGGCCGUUUGGAGGGUUCCCAUAUCAACCUAAUAAGCAUGGAGAACUCCUCAUGCUGGCGUCCGGUACCGGCCUCGCACCAAUGCUUCCCAUCCUCCAGUCCAUAACAGAUGAUGAAGAGGAUGAAACCUUUGUAACUCUUGUUGGCUGCUUCCCUACAUUUGACAAAAUUUAUUUGAAACCUCUUCUCCAGGAUCUGGCUCGAUACUGGAACAUCAGAAUAUUUUACGUCCUAAGCCAGGAGACUUCACUGGAAAAACUUCCUUGGAGUUAUCAGGAAAACACCUACACUGGUCGUCUCAAUGAAGACCUGGUGAAGACAAUAAUAAAUUCCUGUCGAAGAAAGCCAUUUGUCUUAAUCUGUGGCUCUUCUGCAUUCAAUGAAGAUAUGAGUAGAUACUUGAAAGCUUCAGGAAUUGAGGAAGAUUCCUGUUUUGUCUUCUAGUGGGAUGUUCCUGACCUGAGGAACCUUAGACCGAGCCUUGGACGUCCUUGUUUCUCUGCAGACAUUGUUC